GAAUAAAGAGAAAAGCCGGCCGGACGGGCUGACACCGUCGAGCGCAGGGAGCGACCUCAGAAUGGCCCAGAACGGAGUGACGGAGAACGGCGCGGGUGGAGGAGCCCCGGCGCCGGCCCUGCCUCGGCCCGCCGACGUCCAGGGGAUCGCGCACACCAAGAUUUUUAUCGACAACGAGUGGCGCACGUCCUGCGCGGGGAGGACGUUUCCGACUCUCAACCCGGCGACAGGUGUCAAAAUCUGCGAUGUGCAGGAAGCAGACGAGGAAGAUGUGGACAAGGCCGUAGAAGCAGCCAAGGCGGCCGUGCAGAGAGGCUCUCCGUGGCGGAGAAUGGACGCAUCCAGCCGCGGGAGGCUGCUGCACAAACUGGCCGACUUGAUAGAGAGGGACCGGCUCCUGCUGGCGACCCUGGAAACUCUGGACACAGGGAAACCAUUCCUGCAGUCCUUCUUCAUUGACAUGGACGGCAGCAUCAAAACACUUCGUUACUAUGCAGGCUGGACUGACAAGAUCCACGGCAAGAGUUUGCCUGUAGAUGAAAGCUUCAUGUGUUUAACUAAACAUGAGCCCGUUGGCGUGUGUGGAGCCAUCAUUCCUUGGAAUUUUCCUCUGCUGAUGUUCAUGUGGAAGAUAGCGCCGGCCCUGAGCUGUGGAAACACUGUGGUCAUCAAGCCUGCAGAGCAGACCCCCCUCACGGCCCUACACAUUGGAUCGCUCAUCAAAGAGGCGGGCUUCCCUCCUGGAGUUGUGAACAUCGUUCCAGGGUUUGGUACCACGGCAGGAGCAGCCAUCGCCGGCCACAUGGGCAUUGACAAAGUGGCUUUCACUGGCUCUACUGAGGUAGGCCAGCUGAUCAAAGAAGCAGCAGCCAAAAGUAAUCUGAAGAGAGUGACUCUGGAGCUGGGGGGGAAGAACCCCUGCAUUGUGUUUGCUGACUGUGACUUGCAGCUGGCUGUGGAGGAAACCCAGAAAGGAGCUUUUUAUAACCAGGGCCAGUGCUGCACGGCUGCAUCGCGAGUCUUUGUGGAGGAAAGUAUCCAUGAAGAGUUUGUGCGUUGCAGCAUAGAAAAGGCCAAGAAGAUCGUCAUAGGAGACCCACUAGACCCCCAGACGUCACAAGGGCCACAGAUUGACCGACAGCAGUUUGACAAGAUUAUGGAUCUGAUUGAGAGUGGGAAGAAGGAAGGAGCCAGGCUGGAGUAUGGAGGAGUCGCUGUGGGUGAGAAGAGCCUCUUCAUUCAACCCACCAUCUUCUCCGGGGUCAAAGAUCACAUGCGCAUCGCCAAGGAAGAGAUCUUUGGUCCAGUGCAGUGUAUAUUCAGCUUUAAGACCCAGCAGGAGGCUAUAGAAAGAGCAAACUGCUCACAAUAUGGCCUGGUGUCAGCAGCCUUCACAACCAGCCUGGACAGAGCUCUGUCUGUGUCUGCAGCCCUGGAGACUGGCACUGUGUGGAUAAACUGCUAUAACGCCCUCCACGCCCAGACACCCUUUGGAGGGUAUAAGAUGUCAGGCAAUGGACGAGAGCUUGGAGAGUAUGCACUGGCAGAGUACUCAGAGGUGAAAACAGUGACCAUCAAACUGAGUGAAACCAUGUGAGAAGAACUUGGGAAAAUCCAGUGCUUCUCGCUCCCCAUCACGUCCGACCAUUAGCCCCCCGCUCCUUUCCUUGUCUCAGUCAGGCUCACGAUGUAGACGUUAGGGUUAGGCCAGAAUAUGACUUGCUCUAUACAGUAUAUCAGACCCCUUAGAGAGACAUUGUUUUUCCAUUAUAUACAGGGUUUUACUCAUCAGCUUAAGUAAUGUCAGUACAUGAGCCUGGUAAUGUUUCAUUUUACAUGUUCAUAUUUAUCAUAGAAUGUUACAAUAAUUCAUUUGGAUGUUCCCUCUUAGAACAUGCAGUGCCGCAUUUAUGAAGAACAAAUUUCGAAUGAUAAUGUAGUAAUGAUUUUACAUUACAUUUACUUGGCCUUAAAUGUGAUUGUUUUUUUCAAUAAACUGAAAAAAACCCCCCACAAAAAAUACAAAGAAAGUAUCAGGAUUGCCUACAAGUGAAAUUUCAUGUGGCAUUCAUCAGCAGAGUUGGCCCCCUUGAUAUGGCCACCUUGGUCUUUCUCUUACUCACCGCUGACUCCAGGUUUGACCCCUCCCGGUGGAUGCUGUGAGUGGUUUUGAUCUGGUCUUGCCACAAAAAACUAGUGUUGUCUGUUUCUGCUGAUCAUUCAGUCACCUGUCCAUGGCCCUUGCUAUUUCACUUAUGUUGUGUUCCUGUGGUUCUGACAGAGUGCCCCUUCAGACCGGCUUCACUCUACCCUUUUUUAUUUUAUAUAUUUCCUGGAAAGCGCUUUUUCCCGACUCUGCCUUGAGUGACUUUGAUACAUAAUCUUUGGCAAAGACAGGACAGACAACCACCUUUCUAUCACGUGAGAUGACAACUGAACCAAGUCAUUGUCAAGUGAAGAAACUUCGCUGAUGAAGCAAUUCAGAUGUGGGUAAAAGCUUUUUUAUGUUGUUGCUUCAACUACUCUUUCAAAGGUCAAUAAUGAACCAUAAAGGUCAGCUUGUCCCUUACUGAGAGGCAGAACCACAUUUCUGUGUUUCUUUCAGCUGGAAGGUUUCAAGUGUCCUGGUCUUCCAUGGGGCAUCUGAGUGACGAGAUUAGAGGACCUACCUGAGGUCAUUUUGUGUCAUGUCAAAAACUGAAGGUUAAAAAAAAUGCAAACAUGUGUAGCCCAGUCUAUGAAGCAGCUUGAUUACAUAAAUAUAUAUAAACGCAAAAAAUAUAGUGACCUUUUUUUUUUUUGGUAAAUUGUUGAGUAGCAAAUUUACUUGUUUCUAAUUCCAAGUGCUGAUUCUAGCCUGAUGUGAUAAUAUGAUAUGUUCUCUCUGCUGAGGAUUAUGUGCUUUCCCUUUCAAAUUUUGGAAGGAACUCCAUUUCCUGUCCCAGAUAAGGUAAUAUUUACCUUUCCAGUACCAUUUAGUCGUGUAACAGCAACAAUGUUAUAAUUACAUGGAUAGUGUCAACUUUCUUUAAUAUGUGUGUGUGUAACCAACGAAUAUGUUUCAGUGUUUGUUUAUUAUCACACAUGGCCUCUGUUUCUUCUCACAUUAGUUUUGUAUUUAAAUAGAAAUUCUGAAUAAAGAAAAUCAAUCACA